AUGCUAUGCAGCAAAUACAUUGAGCACAACCCCACUAACUUCGCCACCGACAAGAGCAGGGUGGAUUUUGUUGUGUCUCUACUCACAGGCAAAGCCCUGGAUUGGGUCACCGCCAUAUGGACUGCCAACAGCACAGAACUCGGAUCCGAGACCCGUUUCCACACCCUCUUCAAAGAGGUAUUUGAUCACUCUCCUUCCAGUCGUCCUAUAGGAGACCUCAUAGAACUUCAACAAGAACGCAAUUCAGCUGCCGAGAAUAACACCCUGGAUGGGCAGCCAUUGGUUACGGGCUUCAUCACGUACCUGACACAGAGCGUCACCCUCCAGAUUGGAGUCUUCCACACCGGAACCAUUCAACUCAUGGAACUCUCAUCCCCCAAACAGCCAGUCAUACUCAGACACCGCUGGCUUUGUCGUCACGACCCUGCCAUCUCGUGGCGACAAGGCGACAUCUGGAAGACGGCCUUUAUCACCGCUCGAGGGCACUAUGAAUACCUGGUCAUUCCCUACGGCCUUACUAACGCCCCCGCCGUCUUCCAAUCCUUUAUGAACGAGCUCCUGUCCUUCACCAACCUGACCCUUCCUUUCAUCCUGGAGAUGGAUGCCUCCGAAGUGUUCCGUUUGAAUGGGAUUCUGGAGGACAUUGUUUCUGACCGCGGGCCCCAGUUUGUCUCCUGGGUGUGGCGAGCCUUCUGUGACCGACUGGGGGUCGCCCUCAGCCUCUCCUCCGGGUACCACCCCCAGACCAACGGGCAGACGGAACGCCUUAACCAAGAAAUAGGGAAAGGGCAAGGUCCCCUGAACGUUAUUGACCUGCUGGCCAUCCUCCCUUAUUACGUCACUAUCUUCCUGACGGAAUCCAACAAGAGCGUUCUACAGUUCCAGAACGUCCGGCGUGUGGUGCAGAUAUUCCGGAUCAUGAGAAUAUUGAGGAUUCUGAAGCUGGCCAGGCAUUCCACAGGGCUGCAGUCUCUAGGCUUCACCCUGAGGAGGAGUUACAACGAGCUGGGCCUGCUCAUCCUCUUCCUGGCCAUGGGCAUUAUGAUCUUCUCCAGCCUCGUCUUCUUCGCCGAGAAGGAUGAAGACGCCACCAAGUUUACCAGCAUCCCCGCCUCCUUCUGGUGGGCCACCAUCACUAUGACUACGGUGGGUUACGGUGACAUCUACCCUCAGACUCUGCUGGGUAAGAUAGUCGGGGGGCUCUGCUGUAUCGCCGGGGUGUUGGUCAUCGCUCUGCCCAUCCCUAUUAUCGUCAACAAUUUCUCUGAGUUCUACAAGGAGCAGAAGAGGCAGGAGAAGGCUAUAAAGAGGCGGGAGGCUCUGGAGAGGGCCAAGAGGAACGGUAGUAUCGUCUCCAUGAACCUGAAGGAUGCGUUCGCCCGGAGUAUGGAGCUGAUGGAUGUAGUCGUGGAGAAAGGAGGAGAGGACAACCACCUGUCUCCCAGCUGGGCCGGCACGCCCAGACACACCGCCUCCGACAGGUCGUUGGAUAAGAAGUACCCCGAGUCCGUCCUCCUGGGGUCCACCCACCGCAUCACCAUCACCACCAGCGGUAGCCCCGAGCGGAGAGGCAGUACCUCUCAGCUUCUUAACGCUCAGAACCUAGAGAUCAUGUUCAACCAGCUGACCAAGUCUCAGUCCUUUACCAACCUCAACACUUCCUGCUCUGUGAGCACUAUGAGCACCUCCGCCACCACGGCAACCUCGGUAUCUUCGCGGCAACAGCACCCAGGGUCCCCGGCCUGGCCCCAACAGGAAGUGGAGCUGGAGAGGAAGGAAGUCCCACCCUCUUCCUCGACAGAGCCCCUACUGAAGGAAAGCGAAGCAGUACGCAGCCUGUCGAGCAUGGACAGCUUCGCCAGCUGCAGGGCUGAGUUCGGGGAGGGCUCUGGAUACGGAAGAAAGUUCCCUCCAUCUCUAGACCUCCUCCCAGAAUCGAGGGUCAACGAUGCCCAAAGCCUCCAGGACGCUGCCUCCCUCAAAGACAGCAUGUAUGAGUUUGUCCCCUACAACCAAGAUGGCGGCACACAGUUCCCGAGAGACGACGUGGAGAACAUCCGUAGCACCCUGAGAGACGGCAUCAACCCUGUCGUCAAGGGGACCAAAGAGCUAAAGGUCAACUUCAUCAAGGGCCCACCCACCGAGCCCCCCCCGACACCACCCAGCACCACCUCUCCCCAUGACAUCAGCUUCAGCUUCCUGGAGAAUGAAUCCCCAGAGAGAGAGACCUCGCUGCUCUUCCCCAGCACAAAGGCCGUCAUCCUGGGCACAGAAGACGAGACCAGCCCCCUGUCCUGCGAGAGUCUGGUGGUGGACACCCCGCCAGGGGAUGAGGACUCCCCGGACCAGGGUCUCGGGGGUCAAGGUCCGUCCAACGAGGAGAAGAAUCAGAUGGAAGUGGCGGGAACGACAGGGGGGCCACCGGCUGGGAACUGCACCCAGGAUGUGGUGGUGGUGGGAGGAGGGGCAGGUGGGGAGGGCAAGGUCGACAGCAACCCAAGUGGACACAACAAAUCAGAGAACCACAUGUUUACACCAGAGAUUCACCUGAUGCCCGGGGACGCCAGUAUCUCCCCGAACUGCGAAACCAGCAUGUAACCCACUGGAACUACGUUUAAUUAACCUAACCUUGACCUGCUGAAAAAGACGAAGAAGAAUGAGGAGAUAUUGGAGAAGUGAGAUGAGAGGAAAAAGGGAACACAG